AUGAGGCAAAACAUCCAACAAUCCUUGCGUAUACAGAAAUACUUUUACGUACUGUCAGUAAUAUUAGAAAAGAAGAAAAAAGGAUCAGUUGUGAAACUAUCAACUGAUCCACAAAGUGUAGCAGCUCGUGAAAGAAGGCAUAGAAUCAGUGAUCGUUUCAAGAUUUUGCAGAGUUUAGUCCCUGGUGGUUCUAAAAUGGACACAGUUACAAUGUUAGAAGAAGCAAUUCACUAUGUCAAAUUUCUCAAGAUGCAAAUAUGGCUGCAUCAAACCAUGAUUAAUAUUGUAGAUGAUUAUGAUAAUCCAAAUUAUCAUCAUCAGUUGCUAAUGGCUCAUGACUCUAAUUUUGCUAAUUAUUAUCCUCAUGAGAAUAACUCAACUCCUGUUGAGAAUGCACAAAUAAAUUAUAACUUGGACCAGCUGCAGCUUCCAGGUUAUGCAUUUUCAGAUGGAGAUCAAUUCCAAGGAGAAGAAACUAAUAUUUCUGGUGAUGCUUUUAUGUACUAUUAA